AUGACGACAUCGCCGCCCGUCGACGACGAGCCGUCGUACAUCGACUACGAAACCUUCCUCGACCCUGGCUUUUCCCCCGCCUCGUUCGCCAACACGCUCGUUGUUGCGACCAACAACCCCAACGACACCCCGCUCGACCUUUCGACGCCCCUCUCCCGCGUCCUCUUCGAUGCCCAGGAGAUCGACUCCCACAUCGACAUCCUCACCACCCGCUCCGCCGUGCCACUGCUGCAGUACACCCAGCACCAGAGCCACGCGUCCAAGCACAUCAUCACCGAACUCGACGGCCAGAUCAAGAGCCUCAACGACAGCUACCGCCAGCUCGAAAAGGAGGUCAUCGACAAGCAUGCCGAGGCCGACGAGGUCCGCCAGGUUGCGCUUCGUCUGUGGGAGACGCUGCGGCUUGGGCGGUCCGUCGGCCGGUGUCUGCAGCUUGGACGCCAGCUUGAGAUCCAGCACUCGGAGCUGGAGAUGAACGGUGGUUCUUCCUCUGGCAAGGAAGAUCACCGCGCCCUUGUUCGAUGCUCCUACACCAUCGUUUCCCUGCGCGAGAUCCUCGACCGCAAAGCCCUUGGCGAGGAGGGCUAUGGACUGAGUCGCGUCGACGCAAUCCGGAGCCUGCAAGACACCGUAACGACCCCAAUCGAGCGCUCGGUCCGCGAAACCUCGGAGCGAAUCGUCCGCGAGUUCUCGAUACCGAGCACGGCAACCUUUACACAGGGGGAGGACGCCAAGGCCAAGAUGGUGUCUGCCCUCAACGCCCUGUAUCUCCUGUCACCUACCCUAGGCUUCCGCCCCGAUAAGUGGGUGCCGCGAGCCCUCCUCCAGAGCCUCGAAACGUACAUCCGGUCGGCGCUGCAGGUUAGCAUCACGGCCCUAUCGCGCUCACUGGGCCAGCUCCCUACCCUGGACAAGGCGCUCGCUGAGGUGACUGCCAAGUGCCAGAAUAUUGUGUCUCUGGAGUCGAUUUUGGAGUCAACCAAGACACCGAGCCACCCUCUCAUGCCAACCUCGGGCCAACAAAGCCAGACCAACCUUCUGCAACAUCUGCUCUCUCACCUGGAGACGGGCAGUCUGCCGUCCUUCUUUUGGCGUACCAUGGCUAGCAGUCUUGCCAAUCGGGUACAGGAUAUCGUGAACCGGGGAGGUGUGGUGGCGCGAACGCUGCGAACGAACAAGGCCCCCGUCGGCGAUGCGAUCCGCCAGGCUGUUGUAAAAGGAUCUCAGCUCCCCAGUGCCUUGUCUGGCGCCAAGGGAAAGGGGCGAGCAGAGGGAAAUUGGGAUCGAGAGGUGGCUGUUAUGGUGGGCAGCGUUGUCAACAACCUAGGGCGAUAA